CAGGAAUUCCAAGAUGGUGAACAGUGCAACAGGUUCUCCCUUAAAAAUCAAAACAUUGUAAUAAUUCAUGAGAAUGGGACUCUGAACGUUCCACAUUCUUGCCAACUUGUGUAACUGUGAUAUAACAGCAUGCCAUUCUACCAUGGUCUGAGGCGAGCCAUUCUGGACCGAGAUCUCCAGGAUGUUCAGAAGUGGCUGGAUAGGGGCGUUGAUGUGAACAAGAGGAUCUCAGACUCUGGGGUGACGCCCCUCAACAUGGCUAUGUAUAUGGGGCACAUAGGAGUGAUACAACUGCUGCUGAGGUAUGGAGCUGACCCCAACCAGAGAAGUGUGUGUAGGGACUCAGAAGAUGGAGAAGAGGAGUACCCCAUUAUGGUGGCUGCUAGAUUAAGAAAUGUCAACUUUGCUCAACUGCUGAUAGACCAUCAUGCCCUCGUGAAUAAAAAGGACUCUGCCAGCCUGUCUCCACUUUAUUAUGCUGCCAUGUUGGGGAACAGCCAUGUGGCAGCUCUGCUGAUUAAUUCUGGAGCAGAUCUUAAUCUUCCUGUUGGCAAGCUGGAUGCCACUGCAUUGCAAGCUGCUGUACAGCAUGGUCAUCAAGGCAUGGUCAAAUUGCUAUGUGAUAAUCAAGCCAAGGUUAACUCCAGAGAUAAAGAGGGCAACACUCCUCUACACUGUGCCACAGACAAGAGUCUCAAAGCCAUGGUACAAUUGAUGGAGUGUAACGCCAAUCUAGAAGCAGUGAACCUUCAGGGCCACACUCCCCUGGUUCAUCUCAUAAAACUAGGUCACUACAAGGCCGCCAUGCUGCUGAUUUCUCAUGGUGCCAAUGUGAGGUUCAUGACAAGCAUUUCAACACAAGACUUACCAGUCCAGGGUGCAUUUGGUGCCGACAUCUUCAUGGUGGCACCUCCUUCCACACACCUGCCCCCUAGUGUCAUGAAUUUAAUCCACAUGGUGGUAUUAGGUGGAUGGGACAGCAGGCAGCUGCUGAACAUCAUGCAGUUGCAAUACCUUCAGCUGAGCCAGGAUGGUAGUUUGAAUUUGAAUGACUUGAAAACCUUUUGUGAUUGGUUGACCAAGUUUAACGAUGAGCCAAUGGCACUCAGAGAUCUAUGUCGUAUCUCUAUUCGUGCCAAUUUGAGAAAGCAUACUGGAUUUAGGAGUAUUGUUAAAAGUGUUAAGUCUCUUCCAUUACCUAUGUUGAUGCAAGAGUACCUUUGUUUUCAGUAAUGAGUUACUAUCUGAUUUUAUCUCUAUUGUUUUUUCAUAUAAGUGCAAAUAUGUAUUUUGUUUGCUAGAUAUUAGUUAUAUCACUUAAAUUAAUUGUCAAGCCUUUAAUGUUAUUUUUUAAAAACAUAAACAUAAGAAGUCUAACAAAGACUAUGUCAGAACGUCAUUUUUUCCUGAAAAGAAGUCCAUUUUGAAUGGUUAAAUAAGGGAAACUAAAGACUUUCUUGAAGAAUGAUAAUUAUUGUCAUUAUUGCUUUUAGGCCCAUUACUUCCAAAUUUUUUGCAAAGUACAAUUUCCAGACAAAAAAUAAUGCACAUGUAUGUCAAAAAAAAAAAAAAAACUUUUGUUUUUAUUGAGGGAGGAGGUGGGGGGCAAUUACCAGGCAUAAAAACUUUAUUGUUGUGUGAUCUCUUCAUACAUACUCAAUAACUUGAAGUAACGUUUUACCUCAAAAUUUUUUUGACUGUGUAUAUUUUAGUUUGUAUAUCUGUUUACUCACCCUGUGAUAGAUUGAUUAUACAGUUUUAAAAGUGUGAUGGAAUGGGGUUUGCUAUUCAUACAAAUGUAUAAUAUCUAAAUUAUAUAAAUAUACAAGUUGGUGUUCAAUUUUAUCAGCAAACUCACCUGGAAAAGGAUAUUUUUACAGUAUAUAUUAUUUUGGGCAUUGUUACUUACUGUAGAGAAAUCGGAAGUAUAUUUUUGUCAUACAGAAAUCUUAUAUGGAAAAGGAUUUUUCAAAUAUAGUUUAUUUUUUGCAUUAUAUUGCAGUGGCUGGUACAUAAUCUAGUAAAUGCUAAUAAUUCCGCUAUAUCAGAUCGUAUGACAUAAAACUUGACCACAGAAAUAUUUUCUUGAAGGUAUGUUAGUUGGAAUUUUAUGGAAACCAUGUUUUUUACUUGCGUGGUGUCCCUUGCCCUUGUUCGUUAAGUUUUUUAUUACAGUUUUUUUUUUUCGUUUUCUUUUUUCCUUUUUUUUGCGUUAAAAAAGGAAUGGCUGGUUGGUUGUGUAAAACAUUGCUGAAUUUUGUCAGCGUUUUUACAAUAUGAUAUUGUAAACAAUUUUUUUCAACUCUGAAUAAAAUCUCGUUUUAUAUUUUAAAA